CGGCGGGCGAGCGGAAGCAAGACACUUAGAAAGGCUGCGCCGCCAUCUUGGAACAGGGCAAGACAGACGUGGUUGGCUCUUAAAAAUCACAAUUACUCAGAAUACAAGUUUCUCCACGUUCACCUCUAAACCUUUCUGCUUCACGAAAUACCGGCGCCUAGGGAACUGUUUCCUAGCCACAGCCAGCGCGCCUCAGGAGCUCGCCCUACUCCAAUAAGACGUCCGCUCGCUUCAGUGGGAAGUCCCUCUCAUCGCCUUAGUUACCGGGAAGCGAGAACGUUGACGUGUGGCCCCGGAAGAGGGCGAGGCUCCUCGCGGAGGAAACCGAAGCUGGCCGGAAGGAGGUGUCGGCGCGUAGAAAGGGGCGAGGCUAAGGGAGCGUGAGCCUUGAGCGUGGGGACGCAUGCGCGCAGGAGUCCUGUCAGUUAAACAGAUACCUGGUUUCCAGUGUUUGGCUAAAAACAUGCCUGACCCAAUCACAGCUCGAGAGAGCAUCUGGCUGCCCUUCAUGGAGACGGAGCUGCACUGUGACGAGGAGACCAUCAUCAUAGGCCACAGUUCUGGGGCCAUUGCAGCCAUGAGGUAUGCAGAGACCCACCGGGUGUGUGCUAUCGUGUUAGUGUCUGCGUACACGUCUGACCUGGGGGAUGACAACGAACGGGCAAGCGGAUACUUCAGCCGCCCCUGGCAGUGGGAGAAGAUCAAAGCCAACUGCCCUCACAUUGUGCAGUUUGGCUCCACCGACGAUCCUUUCCUUCCUUGGAAGGAACAACAAGAAGUGGCCAACAGGUUGGAAGCCAAAUUGUACAGAUUCACUGACCGUGGCCAUUUCCAGAACACAGAGUUUCAUGAAUUGGUUAGUGUGGUCAAGUCCAUGCUGAAAGUGCCAGGAUAGCCAGGGUCCUUCCUGCUGUUGUGCGUAAGGACAUGGGAGUCGGGCAACGAUCAGGUUAUGAACAGAUGACAAUCAUCCAUUAUCAGAUGAAUAGCGGGCCUGCAAACCAGAUCAAAUUAAGGUCCAAAACACACACACGUUUCAAUGUUCAAACUAACUUACAAACAGUAUUUUCAUUUUCCAUAGAACCUACAUCUCCUCAAAUUGCUCUGACCAAAAACAGUAUUUUUCCCGUUUGAUAAGGGACAUGGGACAGCUUAACUGCCCUUACCUAUACAAAGUGAAUAAGACACAAAUGAAACCCAGGUUUCCUGAUCCCUAGUCCAGAUUAAAACUAAACAGGUUUCAUGUUAUGCUGUAGGAGUUGCAUCAUAACAUGUCCUUAACAUGUUGAGAGAGUGACAGACAAGGAGGUUGAGGCAAGGGUCUGCAGGGUCAGGCAGGGAUCGGUCUAAGACCAGACUGGCAAGGAUUAGGGCGACAGGGAGAACUACUGCUGGGCCCUGUCUGGAUUGUUGCCAUGUGGGAAUUUGGCAAGGCAUUGCCAGUUUUCUGAUUUUCAAGGAAAGAAAUUAAUACACUUUUGUAUUUAGGGACCAUAAGUGUAUGUAUAUGUAAUCCACAUGUACAUGAAUUACGUUCAGUCCACAGACAUAUGGGUGGUUAGUUGGCAACUACAGCGUAAAUAAAAAAUUUGCAAACACAGCAAGACACAAAGGCCAAGCCAUCCAUGUGUGACCUCUUGCUGUACGUAUUCACUUAGCCAGUGCUUUAGAGCUUGAGAAAAGCCUGAGAAAUAGACAUGAUGUCAAAGGAUGAAGUCAUGGGAACAGUUUGGAUUUUGUUACAAAGUCUUAAAUAUUUUUAAAAAUGAUCUUUCCAUAUCUCAGAUUUUGUUCUGUAAAGUGUUCUACCUUUUAAUUUCCAUGGUCCUUUAUAUCUCUUUCAGCAUCAUUCCAUGAUUUUUCUUCUAAUCAUACUCCCUCAAAAAUAACGCUUUUUCAUUUUCCAACGUUUUUUUGGUUAUUAUUAUCCCCAAGUAACAUCUCAAAACAAUUUCCAGUAAAUUCACACCUGAUAUUUGCUGCAAUAAUGUGAAUUCCCACACUGUUGAUACCUAACGAAAAUUCAAAGCCAUCAUUUGAACCUGAAAAGGCUUUUGAUUUCUAAGUGUGCUCAAAAAAUGUCAGGAGAGAUUCUCUAAAUUUUUAGCAGCAGUUAUCUUAGGGGAUGGGAAUUUUGGUAGUUAUGGUGUGGUGGACAUCUCCUUUUUACAUUAUACACCUUGGGAUUAUUUGAGUUUGUGCACUGUCUUUUAUAAUUAAAAAUAAAGAUUAAAAAGUUUAUUUGGCAAGUUAGUGAAAAACAAAGUAAAUAAAUCCAUUGAAUACUUUUCUUAGAGAAGCUGUUUAGCAUUGAUUUGACCAAGCCUAUAAUCAAAGCUUGAUUCUAUUUCAAUUAUUUGGAAGUAGUCAUUGUUCUACAUAUUCUCUGCCUUGUUUUCUGAAGUCCUUUCUCAAAAAAAUUUACAAACUUAUACAAAUAACAGUUCAUAAUACUUUAUUGUCCUCUUCCUCUGUAGAAAAAACCAAAUAUAUACAAUUGAGAAAUAAUUUGAUAUUCUUUAUUCCUAUAAAAAUAACUUGAGGGGGGCUUCACUGGUGGCGCAGUGGUUGAGAGUCCGCCUGCCGAUGCAGGGGACAUGGGUUUGUGCCUCAGUCCAGGAGGAUCCCACAUGCCGCGGAGCGGCUGGGCCCGUGAGCCAUGGCCGCUGAGCCUGUGCGUCCGGAGCCUGUGCUCCGCAAUGGGAGAGGCCGCGACGGUGAGAGCCCCGCGUACUGCAAAAAAAAAAAAAAAAAUAGUAACUUGAAUACGAUGGUUGAGUUGGGCUGAUAGUAUGGUAACCAGUAACCACAGGGCGCCAGCAAAGAAAACGUUCAGUUCUUCAUUCACAGAAGCCACGGUUCAGGUGCUCACCAGCCACGGCUGACUAGUGCCUCCCUUACUGGACACAGAUAUAGAGCAUUUCCAUCCUGAUAGAAGGUUCUAUUGGACAGCACUGCACUACAGCGCGUGUUACGUGCUUCCCUCACCCACCACCAACGUAGAAGUGACUCAACUUGAAGUUACUUUUGUUUGACUAGUUUGCCUAUUAGUUGAUCACCAUAAAAAUUAUGAUCCUAUAAAACUUACUCAUCACCAAACUAAGAUCAGAGGAGUUUCAGGGAAGAACUCCACAUGGACUAUUCAUUUAAACCGUCAAAUCAUGGCCUUUCAUGAUUCUCUGUUUGACUCUCUACAGAUCUUUAUAAAGCAGAGACGGGCCUUGAUAGACUCUAGGGAAUAUCUUUUCAGGUGAGCAAAAUACCUUACACUAAAUGGAAAUCAAGUGUAAGGUUAGAACUUCACUUACAAUUUGAUUUUUUGGUGUUGUCGUGAGUCUAGAGCACCACAAUUUGUUUUGGUCAAAGUUUACUCCUGUAGGGUAGAUAUCCAUUUAAUGAUCAACAGAGGUGCUGUAUUUUAAAAUUAUUGUCUCGGGGCUUCCCUAGUGGCUCAGUGGUUAAGAAUCUGCCUGCCAAUGCAGGGGACACGGGUUCGAGCCCUGGUCUGGGAAGAUCCCACAUGCGGCAGAGCAACUAAGCCCGUGCGCCACAGCUACUGAGCCUGCGCUCUAGAGCCUGCAAGCCACAACUACUGAGCACGUGUGCCACAACUACUGAGCCUGCGCUCUAGAGCCCGCGUGCCACAACUACUGAAGCCCACGCGCCUAGAGCCCAUGCUCCGCAACAAAGAGAAGCCGCAACAAAGAGAAGCCACCACAAUGAGAAGCCCGCGCACCACAACGAAGAGUAGCCCCCACUCGCUGCAACUAGAGAAAGCCGGCGCACAGCAACGAAGACCCAACGCUAAAAAAAAAAAAUUUUUUUAAUUUAAAAAAUAAAUGAAUUUUAAAAAAAAGAUUGUCUCUAUCCUUCUUUAGUUAAUAUUCAGAAUGAAAACCAUGCUAAGGGAAACAAGUUUAUAGGAGCUCUUUAUUCUGGUAGGCAAGGAAUACUUUUGUUUUAGCUACUGAUUGUAAACUUAAAAAAAUCUCUGGCUGUCAAGAUACAGUACAAAGUGUAUUUAAAACACAAACUGCUUCCUUCGUUCCACUUCUAAGUCUCCUCCAAGCUCAGUUUUGUCAUUAAAUAAGACGAGCGCCCCUGUGACAGGCUAGGUCCCAGGAAGGGCAGAUAUUGUUCUUAGCAUUCCAGCUCUCUCUGAGAGUGGAUCGGAAACCCUCUGUAGUUUCAGGCUCCCAGAUUCUUCUGGAUCUUACACAUCUAGUACUUGAA